AUGAAAAUCAAAAACCUCCUGCUCAAAAAAAGAAAUAAUCUCUCAACGUCCUUCUGCCUGGAGUCAGAAACGAAUGUGCUAAAGGACCACAUUCCCAUUCAUACAUUGAAAGAAAAUAACAAAACUAAAGUGUUCUACAGUUAUAACCUCGUGGAUGGUUAUAAAUACAAAAUAAUUGUUAAAAGGAAAAAACAGAACUUAAAAAAUGCCAAACUUAUUAUUUCUUCGCUGGACCAUCCAUAUAUCAUUAAGUUGAUUCACUGUUGUGAAUAUGCCUCCUCCUUCAUCAGCGUCUUUGAGUUUUUCUCAGACACAAAUAUAUACUCCUCCGUAAUUUUCUCUGCAAAAUAUGAUGAAAGGAGGAUAAAGAGCAUAGUAUAUCAGAUCAUACGAACGGUCCACUACCUGCACUCAAACAACUUAGCACACAAGCAACUACUUCCCCAAAGUUUCCUCAUCAAAUCCGUCAAUAACGAAAUGAUGAUUAAAUUGAAAGACGUCCAUAAAAUUAAGACCUAUUCUUCGAGAUCCAAUUCAAGAAUUAGGGGUCAAAACAUCUACAGCAUUGGACUGAUAACGUACUUCCUGGUGUGCGGUCAAUUCCCAAUAUUCUACUUUGAGAAUAAAGAAAAAAAAAUUAUUUUCCCCAAAGAACUGUACGAAAAUAUCUCACCCAAGGGGAGAAGUUUUGUGAAGAAAAUACUGCUCAGCGAUAUCAGCUCCAUGAUAACCGCGCGGGACGCGCUAGAUCACGAAUGGUUUAAGGAGAACGUCAAGCAGAACAUUUACAUCAAUUUCGACAUGCUCAGAAGCAUUUACGACUUUUGGAAAAAGAACGCCUUCAAAAGAUACAUCCUGAACAACAUAUCCAAGUUUGUAGUGAAGGAAGAUAUAUACAGAUAUAACUCCCUAUUUUUCUACUUUGAUAUAAUGGAGGAGGGGUCAAUAAAAUAUGUGCAGUAUUUCGCAAUAAUGAAGAAAUUGGGCCUCAUAGACGCCAACAUACAAGCCUCGUUCAACGGACUGGACAUUUCCAGAAGUGGACAAGUGCAAUUCAGCAACAUAAUUGCUUGCCUUUUAAAUGGAUUUAUAAAGAUUGACAAACGAAUAGUGUUAAAAUUUUUUAAAAAAGUGGACUACGACAAUGAAGGAAUUAUCACCAAAAAAAAGCUGUACAAAUUUUAUAGCAUGAAGAGUAGGAACGAAGUCAGCUCCAACGACAAGCGAAAAUUUACUUUUGAAGAAUUCUUUAACUAUAUAAGCAAGGAGUAA